AUAUCCCGACCAGUCCUCAGACAUUCAGUUAGUCAUGCACCAGCUCGACCCAUAUAUAAGUAUCUCAGCUAUAUCCAACUCAUCGUAUCUCCCACUUGGACGACUAACAUACCAUGCCUCACGAACAGAUCACCCUUUACACUUCGAAGUUAUGCCCCUACGCCCAGAGGACUGAAAUUGCCCUCGCCGAGGCUGGUGCUCCAUUCAAAAGAUACGAGAUCGAUCUAGGGAAUAAGCCAGAGUGGUACGCCCCAAAGGUGAACCCUGCCAGCAAGGUGCCGGCUAUUGCUUAUGGUGGUCCCGAUGUUCCCCCAGAAAACGCUUCUCCCGAGUCUACCAAAUUGGCAGAGUCACUUAUCCUGGACGAGUUUAUCGGUGAUUUGUACCCCUCCUCCGGUAUCGUACCUGCGGACCCUGUGCUGCGCGCCAAGGCUCGUUUCUUCAUCGAAAUCGUGUCCAUCAAGCUCAAUCCCAAUUCCACGAAGUUUCUACACGGCAACCCGGAAGGCACCCAUGCCGCUCUCUUGGCCGGCGUGGAUGCAAUUCAGGACCUUCUACCUGAGGGGGUAAAAUACGCUGUUAACGACCAGUACACCAUUGCAGACAUUGCAUUCGCACCGUUCUGGGCAAGAUUGAACUUGUUGGUGCAGAAGGGAAUUGGUUCCUACAAAGACGAGGAAAGGAAGAAAUUCUUGAAGGGUCUGGAGGACCCCAAGUAUGCAAAAUUCAAUGGUUAUGUGCAAAGAUUGCUAGCAAGGGAGAGCUUCAAAUCCACAUUCGACGAGGACGUUGUGGCAGAGGCUUUCAUCGGGAGGUUUGGCUUGCCUAAUUAAGCACAUAAGUGGAUAUUGUCAUAUGUAACAUACAAUGAUUGCGCACCGUUAACCAUCAUUUGAGUGUUUCAAACUGAUUUUCUAUCGAGUGGCCGAUACGCUCGAG